AUGGUCCAGCUUGAGGAGCCAACAGUUGAAACGUCCCAGGUUCCAGUCAGUCUUGGAAAACCCUCUCUUAGAGUGAGACUAGAGGCUUACUAUUCUCUGAUCGAUCCAGAACGAUUGCAAGACGGCACAAAAUGGAGACAGAUCUUUGAUGAAGUUUACACAAAAUACGGAGGUACUUACACCGGAGAGAGGCGACUGUCAUCAAAGCUUACUAAAAAGUAUGGUUCUAGGGUCAAGUUAUUCCUGGCUGAACAGACACAGAAGAAGCAUGAAGAGUCCACAACUCUUCGCUUCGACGAGUCAUGCUUCGUCGGAAGCCGAAGUUCGAGAACGGAACAAUUAUUUUGA